AGAUCGUUAGAUCUCAGCCUCAGCCCUUCAAAUGUGUUGACUGACUUGGUAGUGAUCUCAAUCGGCUCACAGAUAGCGGCGCUCCUUUCAACGCCACAGCGCGGGCAGCUGAGGCUCUGUGUGUGGGAGGGACUAACGGAGAGCUCCCCUCAGUGCAGACUGCCACCACAGCAUCGAGCAGGGAGAGAAUACAUACAAAGCAUUAUUCACUGAUAAGGUUUUUUUUUAUCUGUCCCCGUUAUGUGCUCUCUCACCCGCUGCAGCCUGUAAAGAAGAAAACGACGGAAGGGAUGCUGAAGUAGCGCGGGAUGCUAUGGGGUGAAAACAUCGUGGGAGGAAGGCUCAGAGUGAACCAGCGGGUGGCGAAACACGAAUGGCUUCUCCAGAGCUGCUUCCCGCAAAUGAGGGAGGCAAACAGCCCGAUCGUCCCGACGUCCUUGACCGGGUUUCGAGCGCGCUGUGUGUCCGCAAGUCGGGCGGAUCAACAGGAGGAGCGCUCCCGGGGGAGGGCUGCUGUAACCCGGCACGCAGCUGCCAUGACCGGUGUCAUUCAGCGCCAAGGACGGCGCCGCGCAAAGGAGGCGCGGAGGUUAAACUCGGUCACCUCGGCGAGGAGAAAGUCCGGGUUUGCUGCGACGAGGAAUUAGAGACAUCUUUCACCUAUAUUGAUGAGAAUGUGAACCUGCGACUGGCCAGCCCGGAGACUAGUUGUAAAGGUUCUCACAGACCCGUGCGCAACGGUGAGCCUUGCUCCGAGACUUUCCCGGAGUUUUCCUUCAUGUCCGAGGAUGAUCUCUCCUUCGGGGAGGGCUCCGGUACUUCUAUAGACUACGGGUUUAUCAGUGCAGUCACGUUCUUGGUGACCGGGAUCUCCUUGGUGAUCAUUUCCUACGCCGUGCCAAGGGAUGUGGUGGUGGACCGUGACAGCGUGUCGGCGAGGGAGAUGGAGAGGCUGGAGAUGGAGAGCGCCCGAAUAGGUGCCCACCUGGAUCGGUGUGUCAUAGCGGGACUGUGCCUGCUCACGCUGGGCGGCGUGGUGCUCUCCACGCUGCUUAUGAUCUCCAUGUGGAAGGGGGAGAUGUACAGGAGAAAGGUCAUCGCUUAUUCCAAGCGUUCGGCCAAACAGUAUGGCUCCAUCAGCCUGAAAACUAGAUCCAGCCCAAGCCAUUCUUCUGUGCACUUGUCCCUGGAGGAGGAAAUAGAAGAAACUUUGACUUAAAAUUCUGCUUUGCAUAUAAACCUUUUGUGUAAAACAGAGGAAUGAAUGCCAUGCACACAUUCUUACAACAUAUUGUAGCCUAAACUGUAUUCAAGUCUGCAACAUUUUUGUCUUAUACUGUAGAAAUAGCCCCAAUAUUAUAUAAUAUAUCCACAUGGCAUACAGAAAGGACAAGAAAAGCACUCAAAUGCAAAGUGAACAAUAGCCCGGAAAACCAUUAAGUGGUAUCAGAUGGUUCCCAAAUGAUUUAAAAUGGUACCAAACCAUAAAGAUGACUAGGGAGAAUGUUAGGAGGCCUGCUAUUCAUAUUUAAUGCGAAUGUUGUGCACAGACACAUUUCAGGAGGGAAGUGUGUGUCCCCGGGGCAGGAGAGUGGGAGUGAGGAGGGGUGUAAAGCUGUCCCUGUCCACUGGGAUGUGGGAAAAUCAGCUCAGUGGUCCACAUGGUAACAUCCACUGACAGUCCGUCUCUGGUGCAGUGCUGAGGUAAGCCAGUAAGUUCCACGUCAGUUUGAUUGUUGUGAGCAAUUUGACUGCAUUUGACAGUGCUGACAUAUAAUGUGCACCCUCCCUUGCUCCCGCUUGAUCCUCUCUGCUCCUCUUCUCCUCCUUCAUUCCUCGCCUUCUUGCUCUCUCUGCCACUUGCUUUUCUCCUGAAGUUUCUCAGUGCUCUCCACAGCACUGUAAAUUCACUUUGUAAGCGUGUGGAAAAGGGUCCUGGACGACCACAGCCAAGUGCCUGUGACAUAUCAAGGUUGAUGAGUCUCUCCUUACCUGUCUCCUUUCAUUUUCUCUUUCUCUCCAUGUGAGGAUGGACUUAAGAACACCUAAUCACACAUGAAAGAGUUGCCCAACUUCUAAAACCCUAAGCCUUCACUACUUCAAAGAGCUAAUUACGUUUCCAAAGUGAGGUAUCAGUCUUUUUAAAAAGGUUAUAUUAGAUGUGAUCAUGGUGAUAUUGCAGGAGACACAAAAAGCUUAGCAAAAGAGGUUUAUCAUGUGCAGACUUGGUAAGAAUAUUAAUGCCCCAGUGUCCAGGCAAGUCAGAGACCAACAUCCUUUUCUUGAGGAACAUUUUAGUUUCUGCUAUGUGAAAGAAACCUUCUCUUUCUCCCUGACAGUCAUUAAUGCUUUCUGAACAGGGCCGCAGAAAAGAAUGUCACGCAAUUCUCUUGGAAAACAAAGUCACUUUUAAUGUAUGCUACCCUGUAAGGUUCAUAGUGAACAGCUAGAAUCAUUCAUUUGUGCAAAUAUUCAUACAUACAGCCACAAAUAUUGCUUUCCUGUGCUGGUGAUUCUUAUGCAGGGUCACUGUUACCUUGGUUUCUUGUCCUUUCAUUUUCCCGGGAUGUGUGACCUUAUUUCAAGGCUUACAUUCAAAAUGACAUGAGUCAGCCUCAAUUAAUGAGAUGCGUAGGUUGAUUACUCUUAACAGCUUCAGGCCACACUUUCACUGAGUUGCACUGCUUCUAGGUGUACUGUCACAGCAUAUCCAUGUAAGUACGAGUCAGUGUGCAGACAGAUGAAUCAAAGAAAAGACUGGAUCACUGGAGUCUGAUGAGGUAUUCAGCCAGCACUAUCAUUCAAAAGAAUUGUUGCAGCAAUGAACUAAUGCAAGUUUGUGUUAAUACAGGUUUUUUUUCUGUGUCUGCGACCACAAAACAGCCAUUACUUCCUGAAAUGGCAAUAAAAUGCCAAAUGAAGGGGAUUUCCAGGGAAGGUAAUAAAAAUUAAUGAUCCAUAUGAGGCAGUGUUGUCCUGUUCUGUUCACAGAAGCUGUAAAUCCACAACCAGUAUUACAGAU